AUGUUAUUAGAUGAGCGAGAGUGGCGUAAGGGAAUGAGCGGUCAACGCAGCGCACGCAGCGGGCGUUCUUCGGCAUUUCCACUUGAUAAGCCAAAGCCACACAGCGGCUCCGAAGCCUUUGCUUCAGCGGAUCGUACGGAUCGUACGGACUCCCCGGCUCGGCGGGCCUCGACUGCCGGAUCGCCACGGAGCGCCUUGAGCCGUCAGUUGAAGGAAGUUAAGAGCUGCCAGCAGUUGCUGCAACUGCUCCGAAACCAACCACCGGAAGCGUUGACCGCAGUCAACAUCGCGACCGCGUGGGUACGGCUUGGGAGCGUGCAGUCCAGGGGACCGCUCCAGGAGGGGGGAGAGAAGAGCGCUUAUCGCGGCGGCAGCAGCGGUGGAACGGCUUCUGUGGCGGAAGACAAGGAGAAGCAAGGCGACGACGACGACGACGACACGGAGUCGACCUCGCCGUGUACGGCGGUUGUACGGCAACUGUUGGAGCCGACGGCGACGGCGGCGAAUGAGAUGGACUUGCGGCAGAUUGCCAACGUGCUGUGGGGUAUGGCCAAGGUCGGAGAUCGCGCGCUGAUGCUUUCCAAAAGGAGCGGUAGAGACGGCUUCGGCAACGCGCAAGGUGGCGACGGCUACAGCCCAAGACGAGCGCUACAGCGACUACAGGAUCGCGCUGUUGAGCUGCUACAGCAGCUGCUGGCUCCGCCGCCGCCAGAACAGCUACUGCUGGAUGUACGGGAUGCUACGCAGAUAUGGUACGGCAUGGCGGGCCUUAGUCAUCAAUAUUCCUGGAGCGACUCAUUGUGUACGGCAUUGGAGGCGGCGACGCUGCAGGCUAUGGAAGCUGGACGAGCUGCUGAGGCGGCGUACAACGACACCAAUGGGCCGUUGGCGGGUAUGGCACGCAGCGGCGGCGUCGGCAGUGGUGGCGGCAGGACAGGAAGUAGUUGGGCUGAGAAUCGUACACGUACGGCGCAAAUCGUGUUUCGUAUGGCCGCCGUCAGCGGCGCAAAAAUGAACCCUGGGCACAAGGCCCGUCUGGCGGCCGUCAUUGACGUCAUGUCGUACGGCGAUACGGAAUUGGAGUACAACGCGUCGCCGCCGCUUGAGAACCCCGACUGCUUAUUGGUUGGCGCACAACUGCUGCGGCUGGAACUACGUAUGGAAACUGUACGGCGGCUGCACGACAUGGCCUUGGCGUUGCCGCCAGAGGCAGCGGCCCGUACGGGACGUACGGCGAUGGCCCGCGCGCUGAACAGCGCCGUGGGCCUUGGGUACCAACCCACCGCUUCAGAGGCGCGGCGCUGGGAACGGCGACUGGUCGAGGAACUUGGCGGCGAUGAUAGCGGCGGCGGCGGCGGCGGCAGCGGCGGCAGGUGGACGUGCGAGGGGCUUUCGUGGACGGUGAUGGCGCUCUCCAGCGUCAAGGCCUACCUGCCUGAUGAGGACAUGGGGGGGGUGUUCGUUGGGGCGUUACGUCGGUUGGUACGGCAACUUCGGUCCAACGACGCGACACGGGUAGCACACGCGAUGCGGGCUUGGGGGUUGCGGCUGCCGGAGCGCGAGGCGGCGCUGCUACGGCAGAAGGCGGCGGCGGCGGCGGCUGAGGGACCUGUAUGGAGUGGUGGUGACGGCGCCGCCAGCACCCGAAGCGGCGGCGGCGGCGGGAGGGACUUUGCAUUUCGCUCUUGGGGAUUCCGACGGUGA